AUGGAAAACUACAGUAAAGGUAAAAAUGUGGAAGAAGAACUGGAACGGAACAAAAUACCUAUUAAAGAUCUCCCAGAAAAUUUUUUGUGGAUGCAAGUGAAAGGUGGCAGUAAGAUGUCCAAUUUACUGUCCCAUGCCGCAGGUAUUCUGGAAGAUAAGGCAGCCACUGCUGUUGUGUGGACUGGGGCUGGAGUAGCAAUAUCCAAGGCCAUAUCAUGUGCUGAAAUAUUAAAACGACAGUUUUCCAUUCAACAUCAGGUUACAAAACUGUCAUAUAAAAAUGUGGAAGAAUAUUGGGAACCCAAAAUAGAUGGUCUUGAGACAUUAGUAGUAAAGAGACAAAUACCUAUUAUACAUAUACUGCUCUCAGUGGAUGCUAUCCCUGAUACUAACCAAGUAGGGUACCAAAGUCUAAACGGAAAGAAAUUUUGGCAAAAGGAACAGAGCAGCAACUUAAAGCAUAACCAAUCACAUAAACCUAAGAAACCAUUUAAACAUAAGAAAACAUAA